UUAAUAUGUAUUACUAAUAUAAAUCACAUAUAUGUAGUCAAAAUUUGGUAACCACAGAGAGAUAGAUGAAAGAAAAAACCAUGGAGUUUGGCAUGUGGGAAUUGCCGGAGGGAUGCAUUGCUCACAUUCUUUCGCUUACUUCGCCUCGUGAUGCGUGCAGAUGCUCGGCGGUAUCAUCGAAGUUCCGGCAGGCCGCUGAGUCGGACACCGUGUGGGAGAGGUUUCUGCCAUGUCAUUGGAAAGAUAUCAUUUCCAGGUCGGUUUCUCCAGCUGUGAAAUUCUCAUCCAAGAAAGCUCUCUUCAAUCAACUUUCUUGCUCCCCAAUCCUCCUUGACCAGGGAAAUAAGAGUUUUGCAUUAGAUAAAGUUAGUGGCAAAAUAUGCUGUACGCUUGGAUCCAAAGAAUUAUCAACACUUUGGGAUGAUGAUCCUCUUGUACUGGAUGGGACUUUUCCAAUGUCCUAUUUAUUUCCCUUUCACAUACCUCUCAAGUCCAGAUUCUUGAAGGUUUCUGAUACAAAUGCUGUGUCCUACCUUCGAAUCCGGGCAAGGAUACAAUCGAAAUACCUUUCCCCGAACACAACUUAUGCAGCUUACCUUGUUUAUGCGCAUAGAUUUGGAGGGGAUGAGUACCCACCAAUGAAGGUGUUAGUAAGAUUGGUUGGGGAAGGAGAUGAAAUUAAGGUUGAAGAAGUUGUAAAUGAUGCUUAUUUGUUAACUACUAGUGUGUUAACAUCUAAAGAUGACGGAUUCUGUGGCCGUAGUAGAAGCGAUGGAUGGAUGGAGAUCGAGGUGGGGGAGUUCUUUACCAGAGAAGAUGAAGUGGAGAUGGAGAUACGCUUAUGGGGGCCUAUAGAAUAUACUGCUUUUGUCGUUUCUGGGCUUAUUGUUCAUGGCAUUGAGCUUAGACCAAAGGACUAAAAUGAUAUAAAAAUCAUAAAUAAAUAAAUAAGAGGAGAAAUAGAGGGGGGUGGGGGGGCGGAUCUUUAUGUGACUUGGCAUUGUCUUUCACCUUUUUUUUACUUUUUUUUGGUAUAUCGCACGGUUUUUCAUGUUAAACUCUUGUAUUUGCAUACCUUUCCUUGUUAAUAAAUGAAAAGAUUUAUGAUGUAUAAAAAAAAAAAAAAACAUAUGGACCGAUCAAAUUUCUACGAA